AGAGAAGCACCGAGCCAGAGGCGGCGCAGGGAGGCUGCGCACAGCAGCUCAGCCUCUGCUCCCCGCAGCGCAGAGCAGCAGCAGAGGUGAGAGGAACCUGAGCGAGGGCAGAACGAGGGGAGCGGAGCAGCGGAGCAGGGCAGAAACGGCCUCUGGCUGCGCAGCUGCGGCGCAGAGGUGAGGGCAGAGCUGGGCGCAGUGUGCGCGGCCACUGCUGCUGCCCGCGGGCAGGAGCCAUGGCGGGGCGGGGCCCUGCUCCUCCUGCGGCGCUGAUUGGCUGCGGCUGCCCGGCUGGGGGCGGGACUUCCGCUCCGGCCCGCGCUCCGCUCCCGCCCCUGGCGCACGUGGCUGCGGCAGCGGCAGAGCAGAGAUCUGCACCGCAGGCUCUGAGCUCCCCAGGCCGGCAGGUGCCUGCCGGGGCCGGCGCUCGGCACCGUCCUGUGCGCGGAGCUCUGCCUCGGCCUCCGCUCUGCGCCCCCCGCGUGUGCCAGCUGAUUCGUCAACUGGAGGAUCAGGCUGUUAUCGAGAAAGCUCAUUCACCUUUCAACAGUCCCAUCUGGCCUGUGCGUAAACCUAACGGCGACUGGAGACUGACAGUUGAUUUUCGUGCCCUCGACGAGGUGACUCCACCCAUGAGCGCAGCUGUGCCAGACAUGCUGAACUUGUAAUAUUCAUUAGUGUAAAUACUGUUUUAGAUUGGAUCACUUCUCAGCAAUACUCUGAGUGAAGUAGACGGGGGUGGAUUGUGCUAGUUUGAAGCUAGCUAGAAUGUUUUGGUGAGAAGAAGUGGAUUACAGGCUGUAAAAGGAAAACAAUGGUGAUGUCUACUUCCCUCAGAGUCUUGCUAUGAAAUAUGGGAACAAGAAAUGAAAACAUUGGAUAACACUUUUGCCAUUUUUCUGUCACUCUCUCUUGGGCUGCUGGCUGAGCUGCAUCUCUCUAACACACCCUCCACCCACCUUUGCUUCUUAACCUCUUGGCUAAACCUCUAUUCUUCCUUGGGACUGGGGUAAGGUUGUGAGGGGUAGGGGGAAGUGUAGGGGUGGUUGAGAUCCCCUCCUGGGGACUCAGGUUUCUGGGAGGGGAGUUGUGUUUCUGUAUGACCUUUUACCUUAUAUAUUUCUGUCUAUGACUGUAUAUACUGUAAAUAUCUGCUUGUAUAUUGUGCUAGCUGUAAAUAAAUAGCUUAACUCACAUUUCCAGAGCUGA